AUGUCACUUGGAUCUCUUCUUUGCCGAUCUGUCGCCUUGUUCACCUUCUUCCUGUUUGUCACUGCUGCGUCCACGGAGGCGGUCUGCUCUUGCCUGCUCCCACAGGUCCUGUUCUUGUCCCACGCCUCCCCCGGUCUCCAUCUCUCUUUCUUAUUCAGGACCUUUCCCCUCUCUUUGAAUCGGCCCCGAACUCUUCCUUCCGUGCCUCUAGCUCAACAUCUAACAUUCUCGGUCUUCUUAGUCUUAAGUCAUUUCCCACGGCUUAGCUCUGUGCACCAUCUAUUCAAGAUGACUACCAUGGAUUUGCGCGUCGGUAACAAGUACCGUAUCGGUCGUAAGAUCGGUAGUGGAAGUUUCGGUGAUAUCUACCUCGGCACCAACAUCAUCUCUGGUGAGGAGAUCGCCAUCAAGCUCGAGAACGUCAAGGCCAAGCACCCCCAACUCGAAUACGAAGCCCGUGUCUACAAGUCCCUUGCUGGUGGUGUCGGUAUUCCUUUCGUCCGCUGGUUCGGUACUGAAUGUGACUACAAUGCUAUGGUCAUCGAUCUUCUCGGUCCCAGUCUGGAGGAUCUCUUCAACUUCUGCAACCGCAAGUUCUCCCUGAAGACCGUUCUCCUCCUCGCCGACCAGCUCAUUUCCCGCAUCGAAUACAUCCACGCCAAGUCCUUCAUUCACCGUGACAUCAAGCCCGACAACUUCCUCAUGGGUAUCGGCAAGCGCGGCAACCAGGUCAACGUCAUUGAUUUCGGUCUCGCCAAGAAAUACCGCGACCCCAAGACUCACUUCCACAUUCCUUACCGUGAGAACAAGAACCUGACUGGAACUGCCCGUUACGCCAGUAUCAACACUCACUUGGGUGUUGAGCAAUCUCGCCGUGAUGACAUGGAGUCUCUGGGCUAUGUCAUGCUCUACUUCUGCCGUGGUUCUCUCCCCUGGCAGGGUCUGAAGGCUGCUACCAAGAAGCAGAAGUACGACCGUAUCAUGGAGAAGAAGAUGACCACCCCUACCGAGGUCCUCUGCCGUGGAUUCCCCAACGAAUUCGCCAUCUACCUGAACUACACUCGCUCCCUCCGCUUCGACGACAAGCCCGACUACUCUUACCUCCGCAAGAUCUUCCGUGAUCUCUUCGUUCGCGAAUCCUUCCAAUACGACUACGUCUUCGACUGGACCGUUUACAAAUACCAGAAGAACGCCGCCAUGAUCGUGGACGCCAACAAGAAGGACAAGGAUGCUGAGGAGCAGCAGCGCCGCCAGGGUGUGCCCGCUGCUCCUAUGGGUGCCGCCGGUGCUGCCAAGCCCGGUGCCAUCUCCAGCCAGCGUCGCAAGGUCAUCGACCGCGGCACUCUCGACAACACUCCGGACACCAACCGUGCCGUGGGAGGUAGCGACAGGAUGUGA